UCCCAUCGCUUUUUCUCAUCACAAAAUACAGCAGAAUUUCUGCAUUUUGCAUUUCACUACGGUUUGUGCGUUUUGCACAUUUCUUCAUUUCAUUCUUGAGUUUAUCCAUUUUUGCAUUUAAUAAACCAAAAAACAUACCCAAUUAUAAAGGAAAUAUCCACAGAAAAGUGGAAUUAACUUGGUAACGUAACGAAGUAUUGUUUUUGCGUCUUUGAUUUUGGGCUGUGGCCAGAAUCAGCAGCGAAGCGAAGAGUGAAAUUUGCUGUGUCGAAAGCAGACGGUGGCAAUAGGUUUGAAACUAUUGUAUUGACAAAUUAAGUUGAGCAAUGGAGUUGGAUGCAAAGGCUAAAUUGCAACGCUACUGCUAUCUUGGCGGCUUUGAACCCGUCUACGUUCAUCUGCGGGGUUCAGUCGAUGUGCAUAAAUACUUGCCGCAGCUGCAGGUACUUUGCCAAGCGUUGGAUGACGUUUCAAUGGUUAUGAUAUUGAAACAAGCUCUACAGGAGACAACGUUAGUGCGACGUGAUGAGUCGCUCUUCGUAUAUGCAGUCUAUUUAGCUAGUGACAUUGAAAUUAAAAGGAAAACGUCGUUAAGAAAAGCAUUUCCGGCAUUAAUACGAAAUGAUGAAGACCUUUUCCUAUUUUGUAAAUAUGCUACACUCAUUCGGCGAGAACAAAAUCAUAAGGGUUUUACUAAUACCACACGCAAAGCCAUAACAUCCUGGUAUGAGAAUCAGUCACCCGAUGAGAUACGUCAAAUGUGGCUGACGCAUCGAGGUGCACAUGGCUUUACGCACAAAUCACUUAUAAAGCUAUGUCACAUUAACGAUGAAACCAUAGGUGCUGCGGGUGUGGUCACCCCAUUUUUCAAAACCUGCACGGAAUUACUUAAAGCAUCUGAAUCUAGCGAAACAGCUAUUGAAAAUCAUGUAGAUGUUACAAACCGAGCAGAAGACGAGAAGAAAGCGACCAAAGCAACCGCUGCUGAAGUUGAAAAGACCAAAAGUAACACAGAAAUGUUCCCAACUGCUGUUCUGUCAGUAAGCAAACUACGCACAACUAAGAACAAGGCAGAAGCAUUGAAAAUCAUUCGCAAAUUCAAACUACGUUACAAUCAAGUACCAGGCCAUUUGUUACGAUUUGCCCCUAUCAUGGAGACUUUAAUACCAACCAUGUCUUAUAUUCAACUGCUAAAGAGUUGGCGCAAUCUUGCUCGUUACAAU